AUGAUAUGGAGGGUAUUGGAACACCUGAAUCACAUGAUAUGGAGGGGAUUGGAACAUCUGAAUCACAUGAUUGGGAGGGGAUUGGAACACUGGAAUCACAUGAUUGGGAGGGGAUUGGAACACCUGAAUCACAUGAUUGGGAGGGCAUUGGAACACCUGAAUCACAUGAUUGGGAGGGGAUUGGAACACCUGAAUCACAUGAUUGGGAGGGCAUUGGAACACCUGAAUCACAUGAUUGGGAGGGCAUUGGAACACCUGAAUCACAUGAUUGGGAGGGGAUUGGAACACUGGAAUCACAUGAUUGGGAGGGCAUGGGAACACCUGAAUCACAUGAUUGGGAGGGGAUUGGAACACCUGAAUCACAUGAUUGGGAGGGGAUUGGAACACCUGAAUCACAUGAUUGGGAGGGGAUUGAAACACCUGAAUCACAUGAUUGGGAGGGCGGGGACAAUA